GUCUUUGACGUAUUUUUAAGUUUGUAUUCGGGCUCCGUCACUCGCGCGAGAGUGUGAUGUUACGGGUGGGCGGGCACUAUCUCAGCAGUCAAGAUGGCGCAGCAAAACAAGCUGGAUGCAGGGGGAAUGGUGUACUCUGAAAUACUGAGUCCGUCGGAGUUGUUCGCGGCUCGGUCCAGGAGUCACAAGAUCCCAAUCAAGGGACAGAAGAAUUUCUUUCCUGACGACUCAGAUGAGCAGCAAAAGCAGCUGGAGCAAAGUCUGAAUGAACACUGCAGUCUUUUAUCAGAGGAAAGAGGGAAAGGCUGUAAUGGAACCCUGGUGAAGGCGACCUGGAUCUCAAGUAAGCAGGUGGUGGAGCUCCAGUCUCUUUCUGGCAAGUUUUGGCAAACAAUGGGUUUUUCUGCUGAGGGGAAACGCUAUCUGCUGCCUGAAGAGGCUCUGUACCUUAUGGAGUGUGGAAGUCUGCAGGUGUUUUACGAGGACCUGGCGCUCUCCAUUCAGGACGCCUACGAGAUAUUUCUGUCUUCAGAAACAGUUAGCCUACAUCAAUAUCAGGUGUUUGGGCAUUUAAAAAGGCUUGGCUACGUGGUGCACAGGUUUGAUCCCAGUUCAUUGCCAUCUCGUUAUGCCCAACAGUUGAAUCUUCCCCAAUCAGGUAAAAAUGCUGGAAAUCAACUGAAAAGGAAACAUGAUGUGAGCCUCACCUCUACAUCAGCACCCAGUCUCUCUAAAACACUGGUUCCCACCACUGAUACGAUGUCAGCGGAUGAACACAUGAAGGACGAAAGCGUUGACGAGUCCGUUGCAAUGACUUCUUCAGAGUCUACGGCAGAUGAGAGCUCCACGACAGACUCAGCAGUAAUGGUUGAACCCCGGAAGUGGUGGACAUCAGACAUUAUCGAGGACAAAGGAUCGAACCACAGAAACUGUAGCCGCUCAGGCUGGGAUUUCAGCUCCAUCUUGUUCCCGGACCUGGGUUCCAAGGAGAACCUGUCAGGUUCUCUGGCCUCUCCCGACCCUUCACUGCUGCCUGGGGCUUUGGCUGUGGGUGUCUGUGACGUCGCAUCGUGGAGAUCAAAAAUAAACCAGCGGAAAGUUAAAGGGUCCCCCGAACAUCGGCGUAGAGGAGUGGACAAUCAGAGACAAGGCUGGCACGGGAAGAAAGACGAAGAGGUGCAGUCGUGCAAAAAUUGGACAGAGUUUAAUGACCUCAUGGCUCGACACCAGCACAGGAGACAGGAUGAACAAGCCGAACAUCUAUGGAACAGAGAAGUCACUCCUUUACAUGAUCCAAGUCAACCACUGCCCACCAGAGAACUGUUGGAUAUUUGUAGUGUGAUCAAACCAACUUGUUUGCUGGAGGGAGCGUCCAGGUUAAAGCCGGCACAUGAAUGGAGGAUCAGUUUCGUUGUUUACCAACCUGACACUGCAUCCGAGUUCAAAAAGAGCAAACCCAGGAAGCCGUACACCCACGUGUGUGUGUGUGGGUUUGACGGUCCAGUUCCUGAGCUGCAGACCGUCAAACUGCUGACGUCUCAGAGCGGAGACGUCCCAGUAGUCUUUGCUGUGGUCGACCAUGGAGACGUGUCCUUUUAUACUAUGAAAGACUUCGAGCUACCGACUGAUGUCUUCCUCUGAUUAUGCCACCGUGAAACCUCUGCAAAUUUCAACUCGGAUGUGAAAAUAAAGAAUGAUGUGCUUCUA